UGUGCGUACUGCGCGCGGGAUCUUUGGUUAUCAAACGGCGGAGUUUGAAGGGAACAAGAAGUAUUAGGGUACUGAGCUUCCUCUUCCUCUUUGUGGACCAGAUUUUCAUACUCAGACCAUGGCUAUGAGAAGCGAGGCCAGGGUGGAGGCAGAGGUGGAGGAGGAAGAGAACUAUGGACCACAGCCUUUGAGCAGACUGGAGCAAUGUGGAAUCAGUGCCAGUGACAUCAAGAAGCUGGAGGAUGCAGGUUUCCACACUAUUGAGGCGGUGGCCUAUGCACCCAAGAAGGAGCUGCUCAACAUCAAGGGCAUCAGUGAGGCCAAAGCUGACAAAAUUCUAGCUGAAGCAGCCAAACUGGUGCCUAUGGGUUUCACCACAGCCACUGAAUUCCACCAGAGGAGAUCAGAAAUCAUCCAGAUCUCUACAGGCUCCAAGGAGCUGGACAAGCUGCUACAAGGUGGGAUUGAGACAGGCUCCAUCACAGAGAUGUUUGGAGAGUUUCGUACGGGGAAGACUCAGCUGUGCCACACACUUGCUGUCACCUGUCAGCUGCCCAUUGACCAGGGGGGUGGGGAAGGUAAAGCCAUGUACAUUGACACAGAAGGAACCUUCAGACCAGAGAGACUCCUCGCUGUAGCUGAGAGGUAUGGCCUGGUGGGCAGUGAUGUUCUAGACAACGUGGCAUACGCCCGAGCCUUUAACACAGACCAUCAGACCCAGCUGCUCUAUCAAGCCUCUGCCAUGAUGGCGGAGUCCAGGUAUGCUCUGCUGAUUGUGGACAGUGCCACUGCUCUGUACAGAACAGACUACUCAGGCAGAGGAGAGCUGUCAGCCAGACAGGGACACUUGGGACGUUUCCUCCGCAUGCUGCUCAGGCUGGCAGAUGAGUUUGGCGUUGCCGUGGUGAUAACCAACCAGGUGGUGGCACAGGUGGACGGGGCCGCCAUGUUCUCUGCAGAUCCUAAGAAACCAAUCGGUGGCAACAUUCUGGCUCAUGCCUCCACCACCCGUCUGUACCUGAGGAAGGGUCGAGGAGAGACGAGGAUCUGCAAAAUCUACGACUCACCCUGCCUGCCAGAGGCCGAAGCCAUGUUCGCCAUUAACGCCGACGGAGUGGGCGACGCCAAGGACUGAGAGGGUACAGGGAGGCAGGAAGCAGCAGGGUGGAGGUUAAACGCACCGUCACUCCCGCCGACUGACUGGUCUCUUGGACUACAGCGUUGAAUGUGCGACCUUCACACGAAGCCUCAGACUGAUGGUGGGCUGAUGGGAUUUUGAGUUGGCUGCGUUGAGGCUGAGUCGAUCAGAUGGUCCAGGCUGAACAUCUCAGUGAUGCGACAGCAAGGUGAAACGUUUGGUUUUCUGCUCUCAACUAAAACAAAGCUGAUGAUUCUCAUAAUCUCAUAAUUACAAAAAUAUUAUAUCAACAUGACAUUUAUUAUGUAAUUAUCCCAAAAGCCCUCUCAUAAUUAUGAGUUCAUCACUCAAUAAUUAGACCUUUAUUGUGUGAGAUCUCAUAAUUAGGAGACACAUUUCGAGAAAAGGACUCCAGUGUCUUUUGUUGAAUGCAAAGCACCUCCUGCAGUUUCAUCAGGGCAGGGGGUUAAAAAAAGAAAAACUAUUUUAAAUAGUUUGAUAUUUUCUUUUCUGGUGAUUUUGUCUUGAUGGUCUUUCUGUUGAGCGGCGUGUCUCUGGAUGUCCGACAGUGAAGACGUCCUGAGAGUGAACAUUCCUACAAAGAUAAAACGCCACCGCUUUUCUGUUUUGUCUUUACCAGAACAUUGUGUAUGUUCACUUUGUAGCUAAAGUAUAUUUCUUUUAAUAUUAAAUUUACGUGUUAGCAUCAUCAUCAUCAUCAUGGAAGGACUGUGUGCUGUGUCACCAUGUCGUCGUCGUUCUUAUGGAUGGUUGAUUACAAACGUACAUUAACGGAGGAAAGGUGGUUUUAGGGUUUGGUUGUUAGAUAUAAAUACAAAAAAAAAAAAAAAAAGAAUUUUAUGAAACUGAAUCAUGUGUCACUUAAGUGCAUGAUAACUUUUCACUGAGGGUCGGAAUACUGUGGAAAUAUCACCAUAUCCACU